GUUAACGUAUACUCGACCGGGUCAUCAAACAGACCCGUGACUUUUCUGAUUAUUCAGUCGACAUCAGUAUUCCCAACGGUCGCAACAAUGUUGUCUCCAGAUGGGAUACUACACACGUUAAAAAUAUCCUGGAUAUUGGUGAUCGCUAGUUCUAUAGCGAGUGGAAAUGAUUUAUUCGAAAAUGGGAAGAAGUACACUUACUCUUACUUUACGGAAGUCAGUUCCGGGGUGUUGUUGCCUUCGAGGGCCGCAUCGACCUGGGGAUUGAAGGGUAUUUUCGAUGUGGAGACCACCGAUACCGCUGCAUUCCUACAGCUGCACUCGACUGAGACUUUCAUCCGAAACGGUCCGGAUAAUCACGAAGAAGACAAUGCAGCAAUCAAGGAGAACAUUGUUGAUCUCCAGAAGCCCUUCCAAUUGAUCUAUAAAGACGGAUUGAUCACCAAUUUCAGCGUGGGAACCGAAGCCGCUUGGGCGACGAAUAUAAAAAGAAGUAUAGCUGGCAUUCUCCAGCUAGAUUUAGUCACUCUCGAUAAAGAAGUCGCUUUCCAUUCCCUGGAAAGUAAUCACUAUGGAAAAUGUAACAUCGAGUAUGUGGUGACCCCUGAUAAUAAUAAGAUGGUCAUAAGGAAAUUUUUCGAUCCUCGCACGUGUCAAGGGCAUCCACACAGAACUUGGACCAAUGUACCGAGAUUAGAGUGUCCAAAUAGAGAUGAGAAUCCAGUCAUGAAGUCAUCAGAGCGGCUAUACAAAGUGGAAUCCCACGGCAACCACACAAAAAUAACGCUGAUCAACGCCACCGGCGAGAUCUACAUCCAGCCCUUCCAAAGCCUCGGCGAGGCCCAAUUCCUCUCCACCCGCCAGAUCCUUCAGUUGACCAGAAUAACCGACUCCCAGCCCUCCGAGAAAUCCGACAAAUUCACGGAACUCAGUCUUCAACACGAGCUCCCCGAGAGCGACUUAUCCCAGGGCCGCGGUGACCCCUCAAAAGACAAAAUAUUCCGCGGGAUUUCCGGUCUGCUGGACCGGCUGAGUCAGCGCCUAGAGAACCCCGGCCUGGACACCGACAUCGACCACCUCCACAACAAGACAAUAUCAAUUUUGCUGUACUACUUAGGACAGCUGAACAGAUCAGACCUGCAGGCAGCCUACAGGAACAUCUCAGGCACGAGCUACAAGGAGGAGACAAUCCGCAAUAUGUUUCUGGAGACUCUCCCCCAGAUAGGCACCAAGGAGUCCGCCCUGUUCAUCCUCGAGCUAAUCCAGCAGAACAAGGUCUCCCACAUAACGGCAAUGCAGUUGCUCACUCAACUCCCCUUUCACAUUCGCAAACCAGACGUUCAGUUGCUGGUGGGUCUCCAGCCGCUGCUGAACCUGGGCUACAAGACCUCGAUUGAAGUGAGGAACACUGGAAUCCUGACCUUCGGAACCCUCAUCUACAGAACGUGCAUGGUCUACUGUCCCUACGAGAUGCUGGACGACUACGUUCGCCUGUACCUCGACAAGUUCACCGAGAGCAAGGUCUACGAGAAGAAGAUGAUCUGGCUGGAAGGGCUCUCCAACAUCCAACUGGGGCGAGUCGUGGAGUUCCUGGAGCCCAUUGCGAGUGGAAACAGCGUCGAGUCGAGGCACCUGAGGGUCCUGGCAGCCUGGGCCUCCCUCCCAACAGCUCCACUGCGACCUGACGUCAUCUACCCGGUGUACUGGCCGAUCCUGGUGAACAGGAGCGAGCACUUGGAGAUGAGGAUCGCCGCCUUGACUCUCCUAAUCGUCUCGAAUCCCUCGGCCAACCGAAUCAUCUCGCUCUACUGGUACAUCCAGGGGGAGCCCAACGUCCACCUCUACAACUACUUCUACACGAGCCUGAAGUCUAUGGAGAGGACGACGUUCCCCUGUUACAGGCACAUCCGAGCGAUCGCUGGGCACUUCACGAGAAUUCUCAGGAGGCCGGAGAAAAGCAGUCCCGUUGUGACCGGAAAUUAUCUCUUCGAUUAUCAGGACACCAAGAGGAACUUUGGGGCUGUCGUCCAGAGCAUUGUAAUCGCGAGUCCUUCAUCGAACAUCCCUGAAGUCGCCUACUUCACGUUGAACAGUCACGGGAGUGGAACGACGUUCAACGAUUUCUCACUGUACAUGAAGGCCACGGGAGUGAUGCAGUCCCUCUCGAGUUAUUUAGAGAGCCCCAUCAGGGUCAAAGACAUCCUCAAGGAGUUCAAGCUAAAUAAAAUCACGAGGGAGCCCAUUCACCUCGAGAUGAUCGUCAGGGUCCAGCAGAAGGCGGUUUUAUGCCUCCACUUCAACGAAACUAAUAUCGCCAAUGCAGUUGCGUAUCUGUCCGCACUGCCUGAUAAUACUUAUCACAUCUACAAGAACAUGGAGUUCCACGUGAAUCAACAGAGGAUCAAUGUUCCGCUGACGAUAGAGUCGAUUCAGGCAACAGAUCUGGGAACGACCACUCGCAUGGCAGCCACUGCCACUUCGUUGUUCUCGAUGAGGGGAAAUUUCACGCACUUCCCCGGGGGCAGGAGCAAUCACGUGAUUUUUCGCACUGCCAUCCAUGGCACGCAGGUUGUGGAGAAUUACAAUCCCAUUUUGGAUGUUUGGCAUACCGCAGAACGGGCGCUGGCCGUUCACGGCUACCUCCCGGCGAAUGUCACAGUUGGGCUCAAGGAGAAGUUCUUUUUGUCGUAUAACACACCUGCGGAGUACCUCAGGACUGGGGUGACCAUUCACACGAGGACUGCCACGACAAUCACGGGGAUGAGGGCGAAGGCGAAAAUUUCUCGAAUUUGUCCGAGAUGUUCUCUCCAGUAUACCGUGAGGAAGGGGGGGGACGUGCUGCAGGACAAGGUCAUCCUCGAGACCAUUGUCCCUGAACUGGGGGGGCGGCUGCAGUUGAAGGUCUUCGACUGUCAGAAGCAAGUCAGCUCGAGCGAUUUGAUGAGCGAUAUUUUGGCGCAUCAUCAUAGCAAUCAUCACUCGUGGACAGCUGCACGGUUCCCGUUGAUGGGGAUUCAUCUGCUGGAUUAUCUGAGCUAUGUCCCGCCGAGUGGGAGCUGUGGGCUGUCUGUCUACAUCGAGCCUUUUAAUAUUCAGCCGUCGGAGGUGAGGCUGGAGGCGAUGAAGACCGGGAAUCGGUACAUGUUGUCGUUGGUCAGGAGCGAGCUGGAGUCUAUGAAGGUCCUCCAGGAGUGGACGCUGGCAGCUCUUUACGAGUCAACAAGCUGGUUAUCAGACAGUCUAAAGAUCAAAGCCAGCAAGACAGUCGACGACGGACGAGUCCUGAAGUUCUGCGUGGAAAUUGACAGACUCAUCCCCUGGAGCUGGGACUUGUUGAGCACAAAACACUCGGAUCCAGCUUCUGUUAAACUGGAUAUGGUCUGGGGGUACGCAGACUCUGCCAAGGGGAAGUGCAGUGGCUCGAGUCUGUCGAUGAACCUCGCUGCCGAAGUCAGUGGGGAUCAGAUCGAGGAGAGCAAGGAGGAUGUCUGGCCCUACAAGCAGUGCAGGCAGCAGUCCUAUGGGAAGAGCAUAGUUCCCUACACCCCAGCUUGCUACGAAGCCUCUAGGGAACUGUCGACCCUGAGGAAGUACCAGGUGCUCGUUUCCUUCGAGAAUCUACCCGAGGAGAUGAUGAGCUUAAUCUGGAGGAUGAGGGCUCUGUACGACCUCAUUGGGGGGAAUAGUUCCUUCGCAAAGAGUGAUAAUGAGUUUAUGAUCGUCGCGACAUUCCCGAGGGACCCAACAGACGCUACGAUGAGUGUAAACAAGAGUGAAGUCUCCAUUCAAUAUGAUCAGGAGGUGGUGGAGUCGAUCCUCGCGAGGACGAGGCUCCAUCGGUACAUCGACAAUGUCGUGCGGCGAGCCCUCUUCAGCUUCUGCACUAUCACGAGGGAGAGUAUUUGCUCAGCUCAUAAUGCCACGAGGUCUACGGAGAGCGAAAAGGAGUAUCUUGCUUUGGGACAUUGCAACGACCAGAACCCUGGGUUUGCGUUGACUGCGAGGAUCGAUGAGGCUGGGCUUACUUUGAUGAUUUACGAUGCUGUGGAUAAUGUCAAGAUUGUUCCCGCUGGGAGUGGGGGGGCCAUUUUUAAUUAUGAAAAGAAGGUGAUGAUUAGCAGGAACUUUGAGUGGAAUGCACUGAAUUCGAAGAGAUUCAGAAUGGACAAACAGUCGGUUCACGUAUUCAUAAGCAACAUCCUAACGUUCGUUCACUACACUCAGGACCAAAUCCUCCUCUUUUUCCCAAACUACAUCCAAGAAUUCACAUGUGGUGUUUGUACUGCUAGCAGUUUCGACGACUCUGGAUUAUACGAGAAACUCUAACAAAUUUAUCUAUCAAAUUGUAAUGUUAUUUAUAAAAGUGGGUGCGCGAAGAAAAUUAAAAAAAUAAAUACUAUGAACUCCUUUUUCAAUAAAAGUCCCAGACAAAAAUAAUCUCAAUUCCUUAAA